AUGUUGAAACGAUUUAAGUCGAAUGGAAAGACAAAAGCUGCUCAGAGUAUCGGAUUAGUCCCGAUGGAUCUCAAUUCCCAAGAACAGAUCACUGCACCCAUCAAUCAAACUUUCACCCUCUUCCCGAACCUUCCUCUCAAGCUCCAGCGCAAAGUAUGGGAGUUUGCUGCCGUCCCAAUUCCGCGAGCGAUUGAAAUCCAAAGCAAAUUCAAAGAAACACCAUCAAAUACGUAG